AUGGCCGUUCCUCGCCAGAAGAUCCCUGCUCGAGUCGGCGAUCAUGCCUCUACCGUCACAAAGCGAAACCGCCUCGUCUUUAUGUUGCGUCUAGCUCCGUGGUUCGAUGACUGUUCGGCCCGAGCAUACAAGGAGGUCACCAGAGUCGACUCGUGCCGAAAGCUAGGUGAGACCGGGCCCAAGGACGACUUUGUUACGAUCGGAAAAGGUUGGCUUCUCUGCACUGGCUGCCUGAAAUACCGCCCGGCCAAGAUCGCAAUGGUGCACACAAGCCACUUCCUCGACGGUGCUGCUGAGCCCGGCCGCUGGACUCGCUGCCUCGUCCGCCGCCAAGACGAAUACCUCAUGCACAGCCACCUGGUCUUUCACGAUACCGAAGAUGGCUGGACCCCGAUCGUCGUCGACAAGAGAAAGCUACCUGGUUACGUCAAUCCCUCUGCUCCAAAGAAGAAGAAGAAGAAGUCCACAACAGGCAGCAAGGCUCAGGCCAAAUCCAUGAAGAAGGAGAAGAUUGACACUCCGGUCGGCGGCAACGGCAACGGCAACGACAAAGCCACGGCUGGGUCGGCGUAUCAGCUCGACGAGCCCACAGGCUUGGAAGACUGCCUCUAUCUGCCUGUCGACACCUACGGCACUCGUGUUGGCGAAGUCAGCCUGUGCCCACGCCACAACUUGGACCCCGUCACCCUCGUCGGCGCAUAG